AUGCGAAAUGUCCGCUCCGCACUUCGUGCAGUCUUACUCUCAACAACCCAAUACCCAACCUUAAUGAUAGCCAUUGAGUUUGAAGACUGGCAAUGGCACUACCACAUUUCCACCACCUUCUUCAUAUGUGUGAUAGUGCCAACGCUUUACUAUGUUUAUGCGAGAUAUAUUUCGAAAAGCCCCAACCGAUACAAUAAAAUUGAGGCACCAUUGAAGAUUCAAAUGCCGAUUCCCGAUGAAGCCAAGCCACAUUGGAAGGGAAAGAGGUUAUAUUCUGGGAAGAAAACAUUGAGGGUGCCCAGCGAACCCAAUAAAAUACAAAGUUUUUGCCCUGCAACGGGCCAAUCGUUGGGUACUUUUGACACCACUUCAAGACAAGAUUUAGAUGAGAAAAUAGCGCUUGCAAGUAAGGCACAACAAAGCUGGAGCAAGUCGGCAUUUACCACAAGAAGAAGAGUGCUCCGGACUUUAAGUCGCUAUAUCAUUGACCACCAGGAAGACAUAGCCCGAGUAGCAUGUCGAGACAGUGGAAAGACAAAGUUGGAUGCGCUGAUGGGAGAAAUCAUGGUUACCCUCGAAAAACUCAGCUGGAUAAUAUCCAAUGGAGAGAAGGCGUUGAGACCUUCUCAGAGACCGGGUCCCUCGAAUCUUUUGAUUGGGUUGUUGAAAAAUGGUGAAGUAAGAUACGAACCACUUGGAGUAGUUUCGGCCAUAGUGUCUUGGAACUACCCAUUCCACAACCUUAUGGGUCCAUUGAUUGCAUCUAUUUUUACUGGCAAUGCUAUCAUCAUCAAAUGCAGCGAGCAAGUAGUAUGGUCGUCAACUUGGUUCGUUCAGUUGGUCCGCAAGGUGCUCACUGAGCUUGACAUCGAUGAAAAUUUGGUACAAUUGUGCUGCUGCUUUCCCGAAGAUGCCGACUAUUUCACUUCACAUCCAGGAAUUUCGCAUAUAACAUUCAUUGGCUCAAAGCCUGUGGCUCACAAAGUAUUGGAGAGUGCAUCGAAGCAGAUUACACCUUGCGUCAUAGAACUUGGAGGAAAAGAUUCCGUCAUUGUUUUGGAUGACGUUAAGGACUUUGACGCAUUAUCGUCCGUCAUUAUGAGAGGUACAUUUCAGAGCGCUGGCCAAAAUUGCAUUGGUAUCGAGCGAGUAAUUGCAUUGCCCAAGGCUUACAACAGCCUUGUGGAGAUAUUGAGCUCCAGAGUCAAAAGUUUGAGAGUUGGGUCUGACAUCGACCAAUUAGAUGAGAUUGACAUGGGCGCUAUGAUAUCAGACAACCGGUUUGAAGAAUUGAAGGAACUUAUAGCCGACGCAAUUAAUAAAGGUGCUAAAUUGGUAGCUGGCGGAUCUCAAUACCAGCACCCCAAUUAUCCACAAGGAAGCUACUUUGAGCCCACACUCUUGGUGGACGUUACUGAGGAUAUGAGGAUCUUUAAGGAAGAAGUCUUUGGCCCCAUCCUCACUAUCAUAAGAGCAGACAAUGCCGAUGAUGCGGUGCGACUUUCCAACUCCAGUGAAUAUGGACUUGGAAAUUCGGUAUUCGGAAAACUUUAUAGUGAGUGCAAUGCAAUUGCAAACAGAUUGCAGAGCGGAAAUGUUGCUAUUAACGACUUUGCUACGUUUUACGUGGCCCAACUACCAUUUGGAGGAAUUAAGAAAUCAGGCUUUGGAAAAUUUGGUGGAGAAGAAGGCUUAACUGGUUUGUGUGUAGCCAAGUCUGUCGUCAUGGAUAAGCCAAUAUGGCGUUAUUUGGGUGUUGCUACUGCCAUUCCUCCUCCAAUUGACUACCCUAUAAAGGAUGACAAAAAAGCAUGGAACUUCGUCAAGAAUCUUAAUGGAGCAGGCUAUGACAACCGGUUGUGGAAGGUGGUCAAUGCCUUCAAAGAACUAGCUAAAAGUAGCAAAUAA